UCUCCCCGUCACCGCCCCUCCCGUCGCCUCCAAUUUCCGAGCUUCACCCUCACUCCCACUUUCUCCUCCUCCAAGCAUACAAUGGCAGCCACAAUAUUUGCGGCAAUGCCAGCGAGAGGGCAUGUCCGACUCCUGCGCACGAGGCCACGAUUAAUCCGCCAUGCCUCGACAUCCCAGAAAACUUGGGAUUGGUCCAAUCACCAAACGACUGGAGAUGUUGCCAGAGAUGAGGUUGCCCAGCUGGCUGCCAGUCCGCGUCGCCCCCUGACAUUGGCAGACUUGUUAAGACAUGGGCGUCCACCACUAUCUAAAGAUGCGCUUCUGGCUUCAGCGAAUUUCACACUCUCCUUGCUCCCGGCGCGUCUUGCCUCCCGAAUUCAAGCCCUACGGAACCUACCCUUUAUCGUCGUGUCUAAUCCUCACGUGUCGAAGAUCUACCAAAAUUACCGCCAUUCCCUGUCCACCCUUCUCCCAUAUCAACAAAGGCGAAUCACCACUCUCGAGGAGGAAAAUCAGUUCGGCGAUGUACUUGCGGACCUUGUACAAACACACACUAAUACGAUUCCAGUCCUUGCCCGGGGAUUUUUGGAGUGUCGGAAAUACGUGAGCCCCGCAGAUGUGACGCGAUUCUUGGAUACCCAUCUGCGUGCACGUAUCGGUACUCGAUUGAUUGCCGAGCAGCACUUGGCGCUUCAUUUUGCUUCUCAGCCGGUCAGUGACGAGCCGCCUUCCCGUUCUAAGCCACGCGCGAUCAAAGAUGCCAAAGAUGCGAAAGAUGCGAAAGAUGCGGUGCCGUCUAAUUAUAUUGGCGUGAUUGAUACCGCGAUCCAGCCCGCGCGAAUCAUCCGUCUCUGUGAGGAUUUCGUUGGAGAAAUCUGCGAGCUGAAAUAUGGAGUGCGUCCGCGUCUGGUCAUUGGAGGCGAGCCCGAGGCGUCGUUUGCCCACGUUCCGGUGCACGUGGAGUACAUAAUCACAGAGUUGUUGAAGAAUGCAUUCCGGGCGACCAUCGAGUCUGGAAACGAGCGGGAGCCUAUCGAGGUAACAAUUGCCGCUGCCCCGGACGUGCCGGGAAAAGAGCCACCUGUUACAGGUGACGCCGACAUGGGCUUUCAGCUCGAUUCCAACGAUGAGGCGUAUCCGAGUGAGGCAAUGGGAGCCUCCAAUCCCUCCUCGCAGAGCAUUACUAUUCGCAUUCGUGACCGGGGUGGUGGCAUUCCUCCGGAAGUCCUCCCUCACAUUUGGUCAUACAGCUUUACGACAUUCUCAGAUAUGGAUUUCAACGCGGAGAAUGGCAAUUUGGACGCACUGAACACGAUUUCUAGCAGUGGGGGCCAUCUCAGCAGCAUCGCGGGCCUUGGAUACGGAUUGCCGCUUAGUCGAGCCUACGCCGAAUAUUUCGGUGGCAGCAUUGCAGUACAGAGUCUUUGGGGGUGGGGAACCGACGUAUAUCUGACCCUGAAAGGUGUUGGCAAGGUCGACUGA